UCACUGAAAUCUCCAUUAAGAAUAAUUAAUUCUGGUAUAAAAUCUCCUGUUUUAGUGUAGCGUAAGCCAACUACCUUCACCAAAUCUCUUUCACCUCACUUGUCCUUCUCUUUCUCCUUAUCUUUUCAUAUCUCGUCUGCUGGACAAGCCAUCAUUCUGCAGCUUCAAUGGCGUAAAGCAACACCAAAACCCUUAUCCUUGCGUGCCCGGAAACAACAAAAUAAACAAACAACACCUUCUAAAACACAAUCCUAUUUAUUUUCUGCGUUGUGGGAUCGUUUUGGAAGGCUGAAAACAGUGUGAAGAUUGUGUUGUUUGGUGGGUUUUUCGUUUUUUGUGUAUUUAUGUUUAUGAAGAUAGGAAAAUUCAUACAAAGCAAACCUGGGAAAGGCCGGAGAGUAUUUUCUGGAAGGAAUAUUUGAUUGCAUCCAUGAGAUCACGACGGCUCUGGCUUUCGCUAGGAUGAGCGAGUCCGCAUAUAAGGUUGAAACCACGUCGCGUCUUGCUCAAUGGCGGAUAGACAACUUGGCUUCUUGUACUUACCGCAAGUCAGAUCCUUUCAAGAUCGGCAAGUGGAACUGGCAUUUAUCAGUGGAGAAGAACAAGAUGUUGUUUGUGAAAUUGUAUCCUGAAAUAUCAAAUUUAAAUAGAGAUAAUCCCCCAAUUGCUUCUUUCAUUAUUCGAGUUGUUUGUUCUGUUGGGGAUCGAAAGUCUCUGGCUCAUCCAGAGAUUACAGACAAGAAGCUCAAGAGCAACGACGAUUUUGUUUGGGCAAUUGAGGUUCCCUUGACUGGAAAAUUCAUCAUUGACGUCGAAUUUCUUGACUUGAAGAUUGUACCUCCAGGAGGUGGAGAGCCUUGCACUAUUUGGGCUGAAGGAUUCUCUGGAAAGCUAUCAAAUGCAACUGCACUUGCAUCGCUGGGUCGAAUGUUGAGGGAGAAUAUCCACACAGACAUCAUUAUUAAUGCUUCUGAUGGAAGUAUUGGAGCUCAUCGUGCGGUUCUUGCUGCGCGAUCGCCUGUUUUUCGCAGCAUGUUUUCUCACGAUCUGAAAGAGAAAGAGCUCUCAACCAUUAACAUCUCCGACAUGUCGAUUGAAGUGUGUCAAGCUUUUCUCAGUUAUAUUUAUGGGAGUAUUGAACAUGAGGAUUUUCUCGCCCACCGACUGGCACUUCUUCGCGCAGCUGAUAAGUAUGACAUGUCUGACUUAAAAGAGGCUUGUCAUGACAGUCUCAUGGAAGACAUUGAUGGAAAGAACGUGCUUGAGAGACUGCAGAAUGCAUCUCUAUAUGGAUUGCCGAAACUGAAGAGCAGCUGCAUGCGGUAUCUGGUGAAGUUUGGCAAGAUAUAUGAUAUUCAAGACGAGUUCAAUGCGUUCUUGCAGUGUGCAGAUAGGGAGCUUAUAGCUGAAGUCUUUCAUGAAGUUCUCAAUGCCUGGAAAGGUUUCUGAAGUUCGGCCCACAAAAGAAAAAGAGAAACUAGUUUGUGUGUUCGCAAUUGCAUAUCCAAAUAUGUCCAUGAAAAUGGAUUGUUAGAUAAUUUUAGUGUGCAGGAUUUGUUGGCAAGAAGUUGAUUCUUUGUUCAGAUGGAAUUUGUUAAUGUACAUAAACAUAUUGGCUUCCAUGGCAUAGACUUAUGAAUUGUAAUGAUCAAAUUUAAUUGGAAUGGAUUUGAUUUGAAAUAUA